AUGGGUUUCUCGACGAUAGAAUUCGACAAGUACAAUCCCGCCUCCGAGAAGGCGAGCGAUGCCCGCCAGGACCUCGCGCAUCUCGACUACUCCCCGCUCAAGCGCAUUUCCGGGCGAUCAUGGGCAAUGGGCAUUCUGAUCUCCAUGGGAGGCAUGGUCUUCGGAUAUGACACUGGUCAGAUCUCGGGAUUUCUCGAGAUGCCAGACUUCCUCGACCGCUUCGGCGAGCGCGAUUCCCCGGACGCCACCCCCAAAUUCAGCAAUGUCCGCUCCGGCCUCAUCGUCGGUCUCCUCUCCAUCGGUACCCUCAUCGGCGCCCUCGUCGCCGCUCCCAUCGCCGACAAGUUCGGUCGCAGGCUCUCCAUCUCCUUCUGGUGUGUCAUCACGUCCAUCGGUUUCGUGAUCCAGAUCGCCGCCGAGCGCAAUUGGGAACAGAUUAUGGGCGGCCGUCUCGUCGCGGGAUUCGGAGUUGGCGCGUUGAGUCUCAUCGUACCAAUGUUCCAGGCCGAGACUGCUCCGCCCUGGAUUCGCGGCGCUCUUGUCUGCGCAUACCAACUCUUCAUCACUCUUGGUAUUUUCCUCGCUGCGUGCUUCAACUACGGCACCGUAACGCACCAAGAGCACAGCUCCGCUUCCUGGCGCAUCGUCAUCGGCCUCGGCUGGCUGUGGACCAUCAUCCUCGGUGUUGGUAUCCUCGCCUUCCCGGAGACUCCCCGCUUCAACUACCGCAUCGGCAAAGUCGAAGAGGCCAAGCGCACGCUAUGCCGUGUCUACGGUGCUCCGGAGAACCACUAUGCUAUCCACGUCCAACUUGAGGAGAUCGAGAGCAAGCUGCGCGCCGAGUCACAGAUCAAGGGAAGUGCCGUCAGCGAGUUCACCGGAAUGUUCAAGGCGCCUCGCAUGGCCUACCGCAUUGCUCUGGGAAUGUUACUCCAAAUGUUCCAGCAGCUGACUGGCGCCAACUACUUCUUUUACUAUGGAACUACGAUCUUUGCGUCCGUUAAUAUCGACUCCUUCAUCACGCAGAUCAUUCUCAACGCCAUCAACUUCGGUACGACCUUCAUUGGCCUCUACAUCGUCGAGCACUACGGCCGCCGCAAGUCCCUCAUCACGGGCGCUAUCUGGAUGUUCAUCUGCUUCAUGAUCUUCGCCUCGGUUGGCCACUUCAGCCUCGACCAGGUCAACCCGCAGAAUACCCAGGGUGCCGGCAUCGCCCUCAUCGUGUUCGCCGCUCUCUUCAUCCUGGGCUUUGCUACCACCUGGGGACCCAUGAUCUGGACAAUCCAGGCCGAGCUGUUCCCCUCCCGCUACCGUGCCAAGGCGAUGGCUCUGUCCACCGCCUCCAACUGGACCUGGAACUUCUUCAUCGGUUUCUUCUCUCCCUUCAUCACCAAGGCGAUCGACUUCCGCUACGGCUACGUCUUUGCCGGAUGCAACCUCGUCGCCGCUGGCCUGGUCUACUUCUUCGUUAUUGAAGGCCAGGGCCGCACCCUCGAGGAGAUCGACACCAUGUACCUCGAGCGCGUCACUCCUUGGAAGAGCACCCAGUGGGUGCCUCCCUCCGCAGAGGAGAUGGCCAAGAUCCGCAAGCAGGCUGGCACGGAGCUUGACCCCAACGCUAGUGACUCUGCUGCCGGCGAGAAGAGCGUCAGGCCGAAGGACCAAGAUGGCGCUGCGCAUCAAGAGAGGGUUUAG